AUGUCGUCUUUGAAGGCGUAUGGUUUCCAACAAUCGUACUCUGAUUAUUCUUUGUUCACCAAUACAAAGGGUACCGUGCAAAUUAAUGUGCUUGUGUAUGUGGAUGAUCUCAUUAUUUCUAGAAAUAAUUCCGCUGCGUUAAGGGCUUUCAAAGCAUAUCUUAGUGAUUAUUUUCAUAUGAAAGAUCUUGGUACUCUGAAAUAUCUUCUGGGUAUUGAGGUGGCUCGUAGCUCUUCGGGCUUGUUCUUAUGUCAGAGAAAAUAUACUCUUGACAUCAUUUCAGAAGCAAGAUUAUUGGGAUCAAAGCCAGCUAGCUUUCCUAUGGAGCAUAAUCACAAGCUUAGCCUAGCUAGUGGUCCACUUCUUUCUGAUUCGGAACCGUAUCGUAGACUUGUUGGUAGGUUGAUAUACCUGGCCGUCACUAGGCCUGAUUUAGCCUAUUCGGUUUAUAUUUUAUCUCAGUUCAUGCAUGCACCAAGAACUGAACAUUGGGAGGCAGCUUUACGAGUUGUCAGAUAUUUGAAAGGAACUCUAGGUCAAGGUAUUUUACUACGAUCAAACAAUGAAUUAACCUUUCAGGGUUGGUGCGAUUCGGAUUGGGCCGCGUGUCCCUUGACACGUCGAUCUUUGAAAUGGUGGCUAGUAUUCCUUGGUAAGUCACCUAUUUCUUGGAAAACCAAAAAGCAGAAGACUGUCUCUACAAGUUCUUCAGAAGCGGAGUAUCGUUAUAUGUCCGCUAUUACAUGUGAGUUGAAGUGGUUGAAACAACUUAUUUUGAGCUUGGGAGUGCAACAUCUAUCCUAA